AUGAGGUCCCUAAAGAAGGAAUCCCGCCUCCGAUUACACACGAGCAGAGUGUUGGAGGCCGCAGAGAGCUUCAAAGAAAAGAGGCGAGCAAAGUUACCAGAACAGCCCACACCCCCCAUUCAGGAAGAGCCUGAGCCUGUUAGCAAUGUCCUACAAGGAGAUGACAUUCUUGCCUUAGCCAUUAAGAAGGAAGACUUGACAAAGCAACACAUUCUCCGUCUCGCUAAAACCGAAGAUAAACCUGUCAUUACCCAGAAAUAUAUCAUCCGCAAACUCAAACCCAGGGAUCCGAGGAGGAAGGUCUGCCACUUAGUAGCACAUCCUGCUAAUCCAGAUGCCGCCACAAAGCCUCUGGACUACUCUGGUCCAGGUGACAGCUUUGAAGGCAGUGACCAGAUCCUGCCCCACCACAUCUUGGGGACGCUUCAGGACUUUAAGAGAAUUGCAGUUGCUCGAGGGAACACCCAGCUGGCCAAGCUGAUUCCUGCCCAGACCUGUCCAUUGGCCCUCCUCUGGACUAAAGAAGAGCCAGGGCACAAAGCCCCAAAGGAAGAGAAGAGACUUCCCUGGGCUCCACCUCCUCAGCACAACUUUCUGAAAAACUGGCAGCGUAACAUAGCUCUGCGGAAGAGGCAGCAGGAAGCCCUCAGUGAGCACCUGAAGAAGCCGGUCAGCCAGCUGCUGAUGCACAGUGGGGAGACCUACAGACGGAUCCAGGAGGAGCGGGAGUUCAUUGACCGUGUAAUCCCAGCACAGCGUGACAAGAAAGGCUGGGAGACCAGUGGGUUCUGGAGUCGAGUGGAAUACUUGGGAGAUGAGAUGACAGGUCUGGUCAUAACCAAGACGAAAUCUCAGCGUGGCCUCUUAGAACCAAUCACUCGCAUCAGGAAGCCCCACUUCAUUCAGUUGGAGACAGGAUUACCAGCCGAGAAGGAUCCCUGGUACCGCUACACCUGGGAUCGGAGUCUAUUUCUGAUCUACCGCCGCAAGGAGCUGCGGAGCAUCAUGGCAGAGCUAGAUUUUAACCAGCAGGACAUUGAUGGCCUGGAGGUGGUGGGCAGAGGACAGCCCUUCUCAGCUAUUACAGUGGAAGACUUUUCAGUGUUGGAAAGGAGCCAGAAAAGCUCCUCUGAAGACAUGUGCUUUUGCCCCAAUUUGGCUUCCAUGCCUAUUCUUGGCCCUUCUCUGCUGUUCUGUGGGAAGCCAGCUUGCUGGAUCAGAGGCAGUAACCCAGAGGAUAAGAGGCAUGUUGGAAUUGCUGUUCGCUUGACUUUUGAAACUGUAGAAGGAGAGAAAACAUCUUCAGAUCUGACCGUGGUUAACAAUGGCACAGUGGCCAUUUGGUAUGACUGGCGACGGAGGGACCUGCCAGACACUUUCCAUGACCUGAAGAGAAAUAAGAUGCAGCGGUUUUACUUUAACAAUCGAGAAGGCGUGAUUCUGCCCGGAGAAACCAAAAAUUUUACCUUCUUCUUCAAGUCUUUGACUGCUGGGAUCUUCAGGGAGUCAUGGGAGUUUGGAACUCAUCCCAUCCUCUUAGGAGGCGCACUCCUGCAGGUCAAUCUCCACUCAGUUUCCCUGGCCCAGGACAUUUUUAGGGAUGAGAGAAAGUCACUGGAGAGCAAACUGGCUGCCCGUGAGGCAGUCACCAUUGUGCAGAGCGUGCUGCAGGAGCUACUGAAGGGGGUCUCAACCCCAGAGCGCGUGCCGUCGCCUGCAGAUGCCUAUCUCACGGAAGAGGACUUGUUCCAGCACAGGAAUCCUGGGCUGCAUUACCAGCACCAGGUGGUGCAGAAUCUACACAGACUGUGGCACCAGUAUGUGGUCGCGCCCCCCAAGGCCGAGGAGGUCAUACCAAGCAAGGAAGAGCGCCUCAGCCUCAGGUCCCGGACACCCAUGGCCCAGUCACCCUACAUGGAGAGGAGUGAACCGUCACCACGCUUUCGGAGUCCAAGUAUGGAACCUCAACCGGCCCGGCAGGAAAACGAGAAGACUGGCGUGGGGACCAAGAGUCCUCAGUGGAAGAGUAUCAUGGAAGAGAUUCUGGUGGAGGAAAGCCCAGAUGUAGAGGGUGCCAAGAGUGCCGGAGACAGUAGCCUUCCCGUGCCCGAGUGGAACCUCUGCCUGGAGGACUUCAGGAAGGCCGUGAUAGUGCUCCCUGAGGACCCCCAGAAGGAGGACGCACUAAUCACACUCAACAAAGCAGCCCUGGAGCUCUGCCAGGAGCAGAGGCCAUUGCAGUCUGACCUCCUGCACCAGAUGUGUUUGCAGUUGUGGCGAGAAGUGAUUGACAGCCUGGUGAGCCAUUCCUUGUGGCUAAGGACUCUGCUGGGCCUGCCUGAGAAGGAGACUAUCUACUUGGAUGUGCACGAAGAGCGAGAUCAAAAAUCUUCUCCCAUCACAGAAGUGAAAGGGCCUGUUGGGAGAGUUGGGAAGGAGGAGCGGAAAGCAGCAGCCCAGGAAAAGAAGCAACUGGGAAUCAGAGACAAAGAGGACAAAAAAUCCAAGUUGCUCGGAAAAGAGGAACGUCUGAACAGCAAGAAGCACAAAGCAAAGGAUGACAAGAAAGUAGUGAAAACUGUAAGUCGGGACAGGCUUUACACAGAGGAUCCUGUCUCCGACACCACCAUACCUUCUCAGGAGCCCAUUGACCCGCUGGUCAUGAGCAAGUACACCCAGAGGCUGCACAUUGAGGUCUUUGCGCUGCUGGAUGCCCUUGUGACAGAGCUGAUGGUUCUGGCUGAUGAGCUCAGCCCCUAAAGGAUAUUGAGGAGAUUUUGCAUCUUUGUAGCUGACUCUUGGGCCCAAGCAACCUU